UUAUCGUGUUCUCUCAGCUGACAACUUUAUAAUUUUCCGUCUUUCUGUUUUUAUUAUCGUCUUUUGUUAUGAAAAACUUGGUACUGCACUACUAUUUUUGUUUGCAAGUUGGAACACUUUCUUUGAGCACCAUUAAUUGUUUUUCCUUACGAAAAUGAUCUUUGCUUCUUUUCCAUUUCUUGAUACUUUUGCUUCCACCGGGUGCUUCUUUCUGGCCUUUUUUUCCUUCAUUUUCUGCAAUAAAAAUUGUAAUUGUAAUUGUAUUUUUACAAGACAAAUGUUUCGCGGUAGACAGUUGAUUGGCACUGGCAGUGAUUCUGGGGUUUGAGGGCUGCAUUCUUGGAUUUUUAUGUUAUAUAAAAUGUGUACACAAAAGGGUGAUUCUAUGAUAAAAGACAUCCUCAAGAGUCUCUGUUGCAGUAAUGGAUGGUCUUAUGGAAUUUUCUGGGGUUUUGAUCACAGAAAUUCCUUAUUCUUGACAUUACAAGAUGCCUACUAUGAAGAACAAAUGGGAGCUGCAAUUGAUGAUAUGCUUCUGCAAGUUCACGUGGUCGGGGGAGGGGUAAUUGGACAAUAUGCAUUAACUAAAAACCAUCAAUGGAUGUUCCCGGAUUCCUGUCAUCAAUGGAAAAAUUCUUUGGAAUCAGUUGGGAGUAGUCAGGUUUGCCAGAAUAAUUCUGAGUUCUAUUGCCAGUUUGCUACUGAGAUAAAGACGAUUGCAGUAAUAUCAGUAGAACCAUUUGGUGUGGUGCAAUUUGGGUCCAAUCGGAAGAUUCCAGAAACAAAGGAAUUUGUCGAUCAAGUAAAAGAAUCUUUUAGAGGAAUGGAUAAAGGUCAAAGAUCCAUUAUAUCGGAAAAUGAAACUUCAUCUUCAGAUAGCAAGAUUUUUGAUACAAGUAGGCCGUUCACUUCGUUGGCAUCAAAUGGGAGUUCUUCUAUUCACGAUAUUCAAUGUGGUUCAGAAUAUGCAAAUUUGGAAGAUGCAAGUCAUCCGUCAGUAAUUCUCCCGCAUUCCUAUCCUUUUGCUUCAGACCACCAGUUCGUGAAUACCAUUGAUUCUACAUAUUCUCUUUCCCAGGAUGAGAUUCAAUUGCAGCAGUUGCUUCUAGAGUCUGCUACUUGGUUUGAUUUCUCCACUGAAGCACCUAGCAGUUUAAGAAGGGAUUCUGUGUUAACUUCAUCUUGGCAUGAUUUGCCAUGUGAACUGAGGAACAACACGUUUUUCACAAAAACAAGCAGUUCUGUUUCAUUGCACUCUCAACCAUUCUCUGAAGAUUUGUCGAAUAAUCAAAAUUCUACAAUGUUACUCUAUUCAAUUGAUGGUAAAGGUCAGAGAUCAUCUAAUUUAUCCACAUUUGAGGGUAAUGAUUCUGCAAUGGCCGUCUCUAAAACGUCCCCUGUGGAUCACCUUUCUCAGUGGUUUUCUCCUCUGCCAGACCAAAUCAUUACUUCAUCAGCUAUGAUACUCUGUAAUAGCCUAUCACAUGCCCCAGGAUUGGUCCCAGUAGCCAAUUUGUAUGGACACAACUCUACAAACAUUUCAGGAAAUUGUCUGUCCAAUUCAUUACAAAGUUCAAUCAGUAAUGCAUUUUAUUGUAAAGGAAAAACGAAAUGUAAUGAAAUGUCUGGCAUUGACGAGCUGUUUUACAGUUUUAAAGAGGAUCUUGUGUGUAAAAGACCAGAAGAUUCUAAUGAAGACCCGAAGCCAGUUGUGAUUAGUGAUAACUCGAAAUGCAUCUCAGAUAAAUAUACUGGAUCGAAAGUUGAGACAAAUAACAACUUGUUCUCUAAAUUAGGACUUAACCAUCAUCUUUUUGACGGCGUCACUAGUUGCUCUUCAUCAGUUUCCGUAUCGGAAUUUAAAGAUCAAGUAUCAUCCAGUGCUAAAAGAAGAAAAAUUGAGAAUUACUUGCAGAAACAGCACCAAGUGAAAUUUCAAGGUUUUCCUAGCUUUGAUGGGAAAAUGGAACCUCUUAAACCUGUAAAUAAUCCCUGCAAAAUAAUUAUCCUUGAACCUAAUAAUGGAACCUCCACAAAAGAAGCUGGUUCGUUGAUUGGUGAUAGCUCUUGCAUGAAUACUGGAAACUCUUGUUCAGCAAUGAGGAAUGAAAAAAUACAUGCUGUGAAGAAGAAGGCCAAACCAGGAACUCGUCCCAGGCCAAAAGAUCGUCAACAGAUCCAAGAUCGUUUUGCAGAAUUGAGGGAACUCAUUCCCAAUGGUGACAAGAUGAGCAUUGAUCGUUUGUUGGAACAAACUAUUGGGCUCCUGAAUUUCAUGCAAAGUCUCACCAGACAAACUAUUAAACUUACUGAUAAGUUAAAGAAUGAUAACUCCAGCAGUAGUAGUGGUGGAGUUACGUGGGCAUGUGAAGUUGGUGAUCAGACUAUGGUUUGUCCUCUGGUAGUUGAGGACCUUAGCACCCCAGGCCAAAUGCUUAUAGAGAUCCUCUUUGAAGAACAGGGUUGCAUUUUGGAGAUUGCUAAAAUAAUUCGAGGUUUUGGCUUGAUCAUCUUGAAGGGAUCGAUGGAAAUUCGUGAAACUAAGAUAUGGGCACAUUUCAUAGUCGAGGCUGAGGGAAACCGGCAUGUCACACGACUUGAAAUAUUUCCAUCUCUUUUACCACUUUUGCAAAUAAUGAGCCCAAGUGAAGCAAAUGCAAGUGAUAAGUAUGAUAGGAUUACCAAGUCAGGGUCUUUUCCGUUGGAAAAACAUCAGCCUGUUGUUUCACUUCCUGUUAACUUGGCUGACACUUCCCAAUAUGCAAGCUAGCUAUGAAUGAGUGAAUUGACUGCAAUUAUUAUCACUUGAGAAGUUUGACUUUUCAAGUUCAAGAACAAAUUUUCAAUGGAAGAGGAUUUUGGCAACAAUGACCCUCUUUGCAAUUCCUAGUUGUUCACUCUCAGAUGACAACAAUUAUGAAUGAUAACCAGUCAAGGUUAAUGCAUAGUUUUUUUAACUAAUGCUUGAUCUAGAUGUUUUGAUGUAGGAUCAAUUAUUGUGGUAAGUAAAUUUUUGCUAUUGGCAUAAUUUGGUUUGGUUAUGUGGCUUUUGAGGAGCAGUAGUAAAACGAGAAAUCAAACAGAUUAGCCUUCUGAUUCGGGUAGUUCUUUCCUUUUAUGGCAAUUCUUGUUUUUUUGUGUAUUCAGUAGUGAAAAUUGUUCUGAAAUGCAUUUUUUGGUAUUCAUCG